AUGACGGUGGGUAAACUGAUAAUUGGCUUACUUAUACCGAUUGUAGUCGCUUCCUCAUAUAUUCAAGAUGGAAAACGACACGAAAAAUUCGUGCCAUUGGUCGCAUUCUCUUGCGGAUAUCGCAAUCAAUACAUGUUGGAAAAUGGAUCCUGGAAGACUGACGAAAACAGAUAUGCCUCAUGUUUCACAGGCAAAAUGGACAUCUUGAAAUACUGUAAAAAGGUUAGUGCCUAUCAGUGUCUGAAAUCUAUCUAGACAAAAAGAAUAAAAGUUUGUAUUUUCACCUGUUCGGAUUACGGUAGUAGACAUUUUUUGCUGAUGAGAUUAUAAUGAAAAAAAAAUAUUUUAGAUUAGGAUUAUGUAUAUGAUUGAUCGAGGGAUUACUAGCAGAAAUAAAAAGAAAAGCUGAUUUUUGUAAGAACAUUGAGAGUAUUAAGAUUACCAAUAAGAGAAAAUGUCAUUAGCUAAUUGGAAAAAAAACUAUUUUAGGCAUAUCCAUCAUUGAAUAUUACAAACAUUGUUGAAUAUUCGCACGAAGUUUCGAUCGACAAUUGGUGUCGCGAAGAAGGAUCACCAUGUCAUUGGACACAUAGCGUUCGACCAUAUCAAUGUAUCGAUGGAGAGUUCCAUUCAGAAGCUCUUCAAGUUCCACAUGACUGCCAAUUCUCGCAUGUCAGUGCUCGCGAAAAAUGUAGCGAACACAAAUAUUGGAAGGAAGAGGCUUCAAAGCAAUGUUCCGCCAAGAAAACAUCGAGCAACAAACCAAUGAUUGUUCGAUCGUUUGCUGUUUUGGAACCUUGUGCAAUUGAUAUGUUCACAGGUGUUGAAUUUGUUUGCUGCCCAGGCGAACGUAAGUUGUUUUCAUGCUCAUUUGUUUCUAUGGCGACCAAGUUGUUUAUUCUUAUUUUUUUAGAACUCAAAAAAGAGAACAAAAAAGCCAACGAAGAUGAAGAUGAUGAUGAGGAAGAAGAUGAUAUGGCAUACGAUGAUGAAGAAUAUUCUGAAGAAUCAGAUGAGGAUAAGGAAGAAUCAACCACCCAAGAUCCAUACUUCAAGACUGCCAACUGGACUAACGAGCACGAAGACUUCAAAAAUGCUGAAGAUCGCAUGAACUCCAAACAUCGCAGAAAGGUUGACAAGGUUAUGAAAGAAUGGGGAGAGUUGGAAACCAGAUAUGCUGAGAUGAAGACCAAAGAUCCAAAGGGAGCUGAACAUUUCAAAACAUCAAUGAAUGCCAGAUUCCAAAAGGUUUGUUGGAUAAAAUAUAGGAAAAAAUAUAGAAAAUAUCAAUCGGAAGUGUAAUUUCCGGUGAACUUUUGAAUAAUAAAAGGAAAAUUCAAUUAAUUCCAGAUCGUUGCAUCUCUCGAGGAAGAACACAGAAAAAUGAAAAAGGAAAUUGAAGCUGUUCAUGAGGAACGUGUUCAAGGAUUGAUCAAUGAGAAGAAGAGAGAUGUAAGUUUUUAAAACCAUCUGAUUUCAAAAAAAUUUUCUUAUUUUUCAGGCUACCCAUGAAUAUCGUCAAGCUCUUUCAUCUCAUCUCAACAAGCCAAACAAGAACGCUGUUCUUGAUUCAUUGAAAGCUUACAUCAAGGCUGAAGAGAAGGAUCGUAUUCACACAUUGAACAGAUACAGACAUUUGGUCAGAACUGAUCAAGAAGAAGCCAAUGUUUACAGAGCAAAUGUUUUGCACAAACUCAGAUAUUAUGAUUUGAGAAUCAAUGGAACUUUGGCUAUGCUCCACGAUUUCCCAGAUUUGGAGAAAUAUGUUGCACCAGUCGCCAUUUCAUUCUGGCAAGAUUAUCGCCGUGAAAACACUCCAGAACUCUCUGACGCUGAAUUGAAAUCAUUGAACUCGUCAGAAGAUGCCAAGAGCAAGAAACUUGUUGAACUCUACACUGAAGCGUAUGAGAAACUUCACCAAAGCGCCAAACUUGAUGUUAAAGCACCAAGUACCACUGAAAAACCAAAAGACAAAGAUUCCGUCAAGGUUCUUCCAACUGAUAACAGCGAUUCGGAAGACGAUGAUGAUGAUUAUUACGAGGAUGAAGAUGAUGAGGAGGUUCCACGCAAGAAAAUCGCCGGAGGACAACCAAAAACCAAAGUUGUUGAGAUCACACCAAAGAAAGAGCUUCUUGAUGUUGUUCCACCAAAGCCUAUCAAAACCAAGGUUACUUCAGCUCAAGCUGAAGACGAUAGCUCUGACGAUGACGAUGAAAACGACAAUGAUAACACCGACAACACAUCUUCAUCAGAAUCUGAUGAAUCAGAUGAAGACGAUAAGAACAUCAAGGAACUUCGUGUUGACAUCGAACCAAUCAUUGAUGAACCACAAUCAUUCUACAAACGCAACCAAUUUGUUCAAUCAGAGGUUUGUUUGAAAAUCCAGAGAUAUAUCAAUAAAUUCAUCAAUUUUCAGCACAAAAAGGGAGACUUCUUGAACAACAGUCAAUUCAUGUUUGUUGUUUUUGUCUUCUCAGUCAUUUGCAUCACCAUGUUGAUGGUUGUUGUUAGACGUCGUCGUGCUAUGCGUGGAUUCAUCGAAGUCGAUGUUUACACUCCAGAAGAACGUCACGUUGCCGGUAUGCAAGUCAACGGAUAUGAGAAUCCAACCUAUUCAUUCUUCGACUCAAAAGCCUAA